CGCGCAUGCGCACCGAAGGGAGCGAAAGGGACGGAGCGAAGGAAGGGACUAGUACAGUAGUGGGCCGCGGAGGCGUUGGCAGCCUCAGGGGGGAGUUGGGGGCCGCGUGAGAGGAGGGAGGGGGACCCCCGGCGUCCAAGGGCGCCCUCUGGCCACGCCCCUCCUCUGCUCCGCUCCGGGACGCCGCCGCCGCCCCCGCCAUUAUGCUGUGGUUCGCGGGCGCCAUCCCGGCCGCCAUUGCCGCCGCCAAGCAGCGCAGCGCCGUCUUCGUGGUCUUCGUGGAAGGGGAUGAUGAACAGUCCAGAGAGAUGGCUGCCAGCUGGGAGAAUGAGAAAGUGACUGAGGCAGGAACAGAUGGCUUUGUGGCUAUUAAAAUUGACACCAAAAGUGAAGCCUGCCUGCAGUUCUCACAGAUCUAUCCUGUAGUGUGUGUUCCAUCCAGUUUCUUUAUAGGAGACAAUGGAGUCCCCUUGGAAGUAAUUGCUGGCAGUGUUUCUGCAGAGGAACUUAUUACAAGAAUUCAUAAAGUCAAACAGAUGCACAUGUUAAAAAAUGAAGCAGUAGAAAGUUCUGCUUCUUGUUCGUCCUCUUUAUAUAAUGUCCCAGAGGACUUCCAAACACCUGACACCUGUGAAGCACAAUCUGGAAGGCCACAUUUAACAACACCUGCUGAAGUAAAUUUGGCACAAACAAAUGAAGACAGUGAAAGAAGGCUGGAACAGACUUCAGAUGACAUUACAGCUAAAGUAGAAAGAGUGACACAAAAACUUGAAGAAAGAAGAGAAGAGAAAAAGAAAGAAGAAAAACAGAAAGAAAUCAAGAGAGAAAUUGAAAGAAGAAAAAGUGGAAAGGAGAUGUUAGAAUACAAAAGGAAACAAGAAGAAGAACUAACAAAACGAUUAUUAGAAGAAAGGAACAGAGAAAAGGCUGAAGACAAAGCUGCUAGGGAACGCAUCAGACAGCAGAUUGCAUUGGAUCGUGCGGAAAGAGCAGCUCGUUUUGCAAGGUCAAAGGAAGAAGCGGAUGCUGCAAAAGCUGCUGCUCUCCAGGCUAAGCAAGCUGAAAUUGAAGCCAGGAAGGAAGCAUCCCAGAGAGAACGAAGUGCUAUAGCAAGAAUCCAGUUUCGCCUUCCAGAUGGAUCAUCCUUUACUAACAGUUUCCCUUCAGAUGCUCCCUUGGAAGAAGCUCGACAAUUUGCUGCACAGACAGUUGGCAACACAUAUGGCAAUUUCUCAUUGGCGACAAUGUUCCCCAGAAGAGAGUUUACCAAAGAUGAUUAUGGGAAAAAAUUAUUAGAACUGGAACUUGCUCCAAGCGCUUCAGUAGUACUGUUACCGGCAGGAAGGCCUGCUACUGCAGUUGUACAGUCUUCCAAUGGAGAUUUCUGGAGAUUCCUUGGCACAAUCCUCUACCCGUUGAUAGCAGUUUGGCGGUUUAUUAGCAAUUUCUUGUUUACCAGCCCUCCUCCUUCCCAGCCUCCUGUUGGACGUCAUCAGCAGGAGCACUCAGAGGCUAAUUCGUCUAAUGCUGCAGAGCCAAGCAGACAAGCAAUCAGGAAACGAGUAUUGGAAAAACGGAGUGAAGAAUUCAAAAAAGAAGGCAAAAUCUAUCGAUUGAGAACUCAGGAUGAUGGAGAUGAUGAUAACAAUACCUGGAAUGGAAAUUCAACCCAACAGAUGUAGUUUGAGUAAACUGUAUAUAAUGAUCAUUGAUUUUUUUUUUCUUACUUGAUUUAAUUUCUGUUAAACUUUCGGCUGCACAAGUGGGCUUGUAUGGCUAUGCUGCCUGCAUUAUAUCUUAUUCCUGACCAUAACACAUGGAGUAAGGUGUUAACUCAGUUGUGUAGCUGGAUAUUGCAAAUGUAACUACUGCCAAAAGCUCAAAGAAUGUAAACAAAUCCCCAUUUUCCAUCAGCGUUUAGAAUUUCACACUUAUCUAGCCAUAUGGUCAUCUGAAGGCACUUUUUAUCACUCUAGAUCUUGGAAAAAAUCAGAAACUCAGAUUAUAAAACAAGUCUGACCUAGCAGAAGCAAAAAACCUACUGAAUUUGAUAACUUAUUUUCUUUUCCUUUAGUGCUUCUGCAACUACAAUAUAAUACAGGUAGUUUUUAAUUUGAAAGCAUUCAAUAAAGGUUUUUUCCAAAAA